AUGCUCGCCAUUCAUUUGGUGGCCUUGUUAGGCCUCGUGGGGCCCUGCCUUUGCGCCACGCGGUCUGCGCUGAGGCGAAACGAGGCGAUGCCGGACCCGUCGGCAGUCGCAGCGCCCUUCUUCCCCUUCGUGGGCCGUGUGGCGGUGCUUACUCCGAAGGAGAGGCUGACAGAGGCCAUUUCCAACAUGAGCAUCACCGAUGUGCUCGGCAAUUUGUCAGCGUCCGAUGAACCGGGCUCCGGGGACGACAACUCGACUAAUGCCGCAGCGCCAAGUAGUACCGCGGAGCCGGAGGUGAAGGUGGAGGGCGCUGCGAGCCCGCUGGUGGGAAAUGCCAGCGCAGAUGUCCAGGCGCAGGUGUCCGAGGCCAUGCAGCAAGCACAGGCCAAGGGAACUGCGGAAGUCGAGGACGCGGUUGAAGAUGCAAAAGAGAAGUGGGUCGAUGAAGCCAAAAUAGUACAGCUGGAGGACUCUGCCAAGAUGGACGAGGCCGUGUCGGCCGACCUGGCCGAUGUCAGGAAGAAGGUCGAGGCUGUGCGCAGUGUCCAGAUCCAUGCGCUCCAGAGCAUGGCUGACGAUGUGAAGGCGGCGAUGGCCAACAUUACUGAGACAGCCUUAGAUGCUGCAGUGGACACCACCAGGACCUCUGGCCAGCAGUAUCAACAUCAGGUCUUGAGCUCGGCCCUCCAAACGAUUCAGCACGAGGAGGGCUCCAUCGAGCACCUGCAGGGCAGCGCAGUGCAGCACCUGCAGGCCGCGCAAGAGCAUGCGACAAGGCUCCGCGCAGCGACCGCCGUCGCUCAGGGAGUGGUGCAGAACUACACGACGUCCCCAGAGGACAUAGCAGCCGGUUUGCGCAAGCACGUGGCAGAGUCCAUGGCAAAGGCCCGAGGUGCCAAGGCGAGCGCUGAGGCCACGCUGGAGCUGGCCCGGAAGGCCUCCGAGGCUGCCGGGGUAGUUUUUAGCGAGGCCAACGCCUCCGAGGCAGCAGCACAGGGGCUGCUGGACCGAGCGCUGGCCCAGGCAAAGCACCUCGACGAGCUGGAGCAACGCACCGCGACCGCCGCCAAGCAGGCAGCCGUGACGGAACUUCUGCGGAAGGCCGGUCUGAUGGGCGCGGCGGGAUGA